CAAUUCAAUCCGUCGUUCGGCUGGACUAGCUAACCUAGCUCAUGUUAGCUAAGAGCUAGCGCCACAUUCGUUCGCCUUGAUGAUGGCAGCGGCACUGCUUAUGAACAAAACAAAAGGAACUUUCCGCAGAGAGACGAUUUCAUUACGGGCGCAUGCUUGAUACAGUGUUGAUGCUGCGCGCCCGUUUGUUGUCUCCGGCGUGUAGUCUGGAAGCACCGAGUCAUCAGAGAGGAUGCUGUCUGAAUCCGAUUCGCUCCCCGACAGAGACUCGUCGUCCUCACUGGGGCCUGAGCCCAAAUGGGGGUCUUCAGCUGCAGUGGCCAUCUUCUUCCACCAGCAGAAUAGAUUUCAGACACCAACCUGGACAAGCUUUUGUCAAAUGAAAGCAAUCAGGAGCUUGCACUGAGGCGGUUCAAGUGGGCCAGGAAGUCCAGUGCGGUUGCAGGAUGGAAAGCAGCAGAGUCGUACUCUGUGGCGGGCAGUGACGGCAGUAUCCCCCCAUCAAUGGGCUCUGUGCCCCACCAGGCCUCAGGCAGCUCCAGCCCCUGCUCACACUCCUCGUCUGGAGGAUCACGGCACCCUGUCAGUGCCCUCAAGAAAUGGCUCACCAAUCCUGUCCGCAAGCUGAGCUCUGAUGCCAGAGGAGGAGCAGGAAAAGUUGAGAAGCAGAUGUGCAGGUCAGACAGGAGGCAGCUGCCAUCACUCCUUUCCCACAGUGAAACUCAGCCGAGGCCUCUGGAACCACACGACAGCUACACCAUCCUCCCCUCUGGAGACACGGUGCAGAAAGACGAUGUGUUUAGUCCAGCAGUUCCUACUCCUAUGCAGCCAUCCUGUCAGGGCCCCUCAUCUGACCUCCUGCAAGGCAGAGAAACACACAGUCUAAGUCAAAAAUCCAGUAUCAACACUCUCCAAGGGGACGAUGGCAGCAGUGUGAGUGACGUCUCAGGCAGCCAGUGGUCUGCAACAGUGUACAGUGAAGAGGACAGAAACAUUGCCUUAGAGAAGAGCAUAUAUGUGCUGACAGAGCUGAUAGAGACAGAAAGGUUGUAUGUGGAAGAUCUUGGACUCAUAGUGCAGGGCUACAUGGCCACCAUGGUCAAUCAGGGAGUUCCAGAGGACUUGAAAGGGAAGGACAGGAUUGUCUUCGGAAACAUCCACCAGAUCUACGACUGGCAUAAGGAUUAUUUCCUGGGAGAGCUGGAGAAAUGUGUGGGAGAUCCAGACAGCCUGGCCCAGCUCUUCAUCAAACAUGAGCGACGUCUUCACAUGUACGUGGUUUACUGUCAGAACAAACCCAAAUCAGAGCACAUUGUCUCUGAGUACAUUGAGACGUAUUUUGAGGAUCUCAGGCAGCAGUUGGGUCACAGGCUGCAGCUCAAUGAUCUUCUCAUCAAACCUGUUCAGAGAAUCAUGAAGUAUCAGCUACUGCUGAAGGACUUCCUGAAGUACUACAGCAAAGCAGGAAGGGACGUUGAGGAGUUGCAGAGGGCGGUGGAGGUGAUGUGUUUUGUGCCAAAACGCUGUAAUGAUAUGAUGAAUGUGGGCCGGCUCCAAGGUUUUGAGGGGAAAAUCACAGCUCAGGGGAAGCUGCUCCAGCAGGAUACCUUCGCUGUCAGUGAGCAGGAAAGUGGCCUCCUGUCCAGAGCCAGGGAGAGGCGGGUCUUCCUGUUCGAGCAGCUGGUCAUCUUCAGUGAGCCAAUUGACAAGAAAAAAGGCUUCUCUUUGCCAGGGUACACUUUUAAAAACAGCAUCAAGGUCAGCUGUUUGGGCGUGGAGGAGCACUCUGAGGAAGAUCCAUGCUGUCUGGUCCUAACCUCCCGCGGGACUGACGGCAGCGUGACGCGCUUCAUCAUGCAGGCGUCAGCUCCCGAAAUACAGCAAGCUUGGCUCAGUGAUGUGGUCCAGAUCUUGGAGACUCAGAGGAACUUCCUUAAUGCUCUUCAGUCCCCAAUAGAAUACCAGCGCAGGGAGAGCAAGUCAAACAGCCUGGGCAGGAACAUGAAGUCUCCAACUGCAUCAGAGUCUUGCUUGCGACCUCACUCCUCUGCAUCCAUGGACCGACGUCAGCAGCCCUGCCUGCUGCCUUACAACUCCUCCCUGCCCUCUCUGCAUCCACCACAACACAGCCCAGCCACGAAGGUGGUUUCUAAUCCUUGUGCUGCGACACCUCGAGAAUUCCACCCUCCGCUUCUCCCCCACAAGCAGCUCAGUUUGUGCACUGAGGUGAGAUACGGCCGUGGGACGUCCAAUGGCCUGCCGCCCUGCAGCCAGCAUGCAGGGUGUGACUGUCAGUGUCCAGGCGACCACAUUAAAUGAGAGCGGGAGUUAUUCAGCAAACCGACCAAACGGCUUGGAUCAGUUCAAGGAGAAGGAGCAGUAAUGACCUGCGAGGACGAAUGAACUCACUGUGGAGUGCCUCCACUGAGUCAGUGCUCUGUCAGCAACGUUUGUUACACUCCUGAGCAGAAGUCAUCGAGGUCUCAGUGUUUCCAUCUUUAUUGUCCUGAUUUUCCUCCAAAUGUCACUAUGGUUUAGGCCAAUCUGGAUCUCAUCAUGUGUAAUCAUACUGGUUUUGAUUGUGUUCAUGUGUGUGUCUAGUCCACAUUCUCACACGUCCACAGAUGGUGAUAACAGAAGAGAUGAGCUGGUUUUGAAGUACCACAGAAACUGUACUUCAUUUUGUAUAUAAAUUUCUUACUUUUUCCAAUGAAAAUUCCUUGAUUGAUAUUUUUGUAAUGCAUAAUAUUUUCAUAAGGGACCAAUUCCACUUCAUUUCCCCUGAGAACUGGGAUUUCAAAUCCCUUUAUGCAGUAUAUAUACUUGCUUUCCCUGCAUAUACUUUACUCUGUGUCCUCAAAUAACUGCAUCCUUGAAAUCACUGAGCGACUUCAGAUUCCAGCUUCACUCUGGGAUCUAAAUCCAUAUGAGUAGUGUUUGUCUGUCCCUGCACAUUAGCAAAUAGCUGUGUUUUCCCUUUGCUGGGCUAUUUUAAUCACACCAUUGUUAGAGUGUUAUCUGCACUAAACACAUUUGCAAACUCACACAAAGCACAUGUCCUAAUCAAGCAGAAAGAGGAAAAAGGGAACAAAGAUAAAACAGGGGUGCUCGUCUGUCACUGUCAUCAUAUCAAUAAAACUCUUCAACUAGCGGUGUCCUGAUACAGACACAGAAUUAAAGAGAAAUGCUGUUCAGGUAUUUGUUUUCAUCAUUUUUGUUAAAAAAAGAGAGAAAACAAGAAAGUUAACUAAAGAAACUAAAGAAUUUCAGAGCUACUGUAUGUUGUAAGAUAAAACUUCUCACAAUACCCAGUCAUGAAGGGCCUAUGGACAAAUAAAUAGCAAGAAAGACAUGGCAAGACACCCGCAAAGAAAGAGACAAAGUUGUUUUAAGUCUCUUUGUUGUUGCUGGGUGUGCAUCUCUGCGUAGUUGUUUUGCUUUUUUUUUGUAUUCCUGCAGUAUUUUGUGUGUCUUGGUGGUCAUUUAAUGUGUAGUUGUAGUCAUUUAGCGUGUCUUUGUGAUAGUUUGCACCUCUUUGUCAUUGUUUUGCACCUCUUUGGUCAUUUAAUGUCUCUUUGUGGUAGUUUUGUGUCCAUUUGUCCAUUUCUUUGGUUGACUUUCCAACAAGAAAUGUUAACUGUCACUUCACAGGUUCUGGUCUCCGGUCAGGCCCAGUAGGCCUGUCCAUCCAUGGCCCCACUGCACUCUAAAUAUACAUAACUAAAUAAUGAGAAGAUUCACUUUGGAAGAUAUGAAUUUAACACUGAUGCAGUGCAAUUUUUACCACGGAAUAGUUUCAUCAGUCACAGCACGAAAGCAGAAAAAUAUCAUGGCUUUCUUUGCCUCAACUGCCUUUACACAGUAGAUUUUCUAAUUUGAGAGUUUAUUUGUUUGCAGAAAACAAUCAUGAAUGUCAGGGUCACGUUGCUUUUUCAAGGUAAUUUAGACAGUGCAUUGGACAUUUCGUUACAUCUGAUCUUGGCAGUAGUUCAAAACAGAUUCAAAGCAGAGACCCUGUUGGCAUAUAGCACCCUCUAGUGGAGAGAUUUGUUACAUAUCAGCUUCAGGUUACAAAAUAAUUUUGUUUGACCACUAGAUAUUUGACAGCAAAUAAUUUGAGACUCUAGCUGCUUUAAUUUGCUUUGUUGUCUCCCUCAUUCCUCAAAAAAGAUUUAUUGCAAUGCAUUUAGCAAAUGUGUGGCAUUAGUCACAAAGUAAUGACUGUAAAAAGAGAGAACAAAAGGCAGAUCCUAAAUCCUCCAAGUGAAUGUAGAACAUGAUCUGAGCCCUGAGGGUGACGAUGACGCAGCCCAACAUUUAGAGAAGCAAUAAUUAAAAACUGCAACAAAAUGACAUUUGCUUAAAUUUCUUUUAUAAUGAGCGUUUUACACUGUCAGUGGUGGACAGGAAUGCUUUUAAGGACAUUGAAUGACAAUGCAAACCGAGCUUGUGACCCACCACCCCCAACAUAUAGCAAUUGACAAAGAAAUACAGGGGUGUUUACAACAUUUGAAAUAAAUUUUUAAAAAAAUGCCCAUAAUGCUGUGAGCAGACAUCUCACAGCAGUGAUUUUUGUUUGUUUGUUUUGUUUUUUGGGUGAGGCAGGCAUGUUAAAUCUCAGUGUUAACACAUUAAAUAUCACCGUAAAAACAAUGAACAGUGUUCGACAGUUUCAAAUCCCGACAUGAAGCAUUGUUUUGAACACAUACCUACACAAAAGCCUUUUAUAAUAGUGAUGAAUGUGAUUCGGACAUCUUUCCACAGAGCUAACAUCGAAUGCAUUUUAGUGGGAAAAAAAGGAAAAAAAAAACUCACGGAGACAUCACACAAAA